ACUUGUGUACCUAGUUUACAUUAUAGGUCCCUAUAGAACGUUCCGCUAUGGCCUACAUAAAAAUUUUCACGUGCUUUCGGACUAUUCUCGUGUUUCUUCACGUGAUAUACGUCUCUUCCGGUUAUCCUCGUGCCGCGCGUCUGUUUGACUCUCCGGGGGUGCUAUGGCUCGAGAACCUCGAAGGAGAGAUGUGCUUCCGGCACGUGCCAAUAACAACAAACACUUGGGCGCUCUCUGCAUUUCCGGAGCAACCAGUGACGGUGGCGAAGGGCCGCCAUGGAGCGCACAACUUUACACACAUGCACGUGGACUCGGACAAUCAGACGCUUGUAACCACAGACCCGAGGACAAAGACCAUCAUUGCGGUGACCUUUAGCGAGAUGGGACUGUCGACGUUUUGGACACUGUACGAAGGAAUCUCUCAUAGAGUGAACGGUAUUGCGGUUGACUGGACGACGGACGUUGUAUACUGGACGGAUGCCGCUUAUGACGUCAUACUGGGCGUGUCCAUGGAGAAGCCAAACAUGGCAGAGGUUAUUGUGGAUACAGAACUGGACGAACCAUUUUCGAUCGUCGUUUAUCCCCAGAAAGGGUACAUGUAUUGGACGGAUGCUGACGUUCAGCGGCCCCGACUGAUGCAAGCCACCCUCGGCGGCCGCCACAUCAAGACAAUGGUCUAUCUUCACAGAAGGCGUCCCCUGGCGCUUACCAUCGACUACAGCACCGAGAGAUUAUAUAUCCUCUGUGAAGACGCUACCGGACAACAGGCGGUCACUUUCGUGGAAACAGACGGCCGAUUGGAGCAGACGAUUACAGAAACAACCAAUGCCGUCGGUAUCGCUGUGUAUGAGAGACAGCUUGUAAUAAUGAGUGCCGAUUCUCUGGAAUUGUUCCACGUGGAGCGGAAGAAGAAAGGAUUGCGACUUCCGGUUAAAGGGACGCCCUCUAGCGUUCUAGUGUUGGACAGUGCCCGACAACCCUACCGCUCUAACAUUUGCCAGACGUCCCGGUGUCCGGGCCUGUGCACGAGGACCAACUUCACGGACCAGUGCUUCUGUAACGCCAUCGAAAAGGAACGCGUCAACUACGUCAUCAAGGAAAACUUCUGCGGAGCUGAUAUAUUUAAUGGGCUCCUCUUUGCGAAGGGUGACGGUAUUUACACAGUGAAGACCAACUUUAUGGAAUACAAAUCGAGGGAACUGUGGCGUCAACUUGCACCCAAAAGGCUGGUCCACAGCUACCACAAGAUUAAAGCACUUGCCUCCAAUGUCCGGCAGAUGAGGAUAUACUUCUAUGAGUCAGGAGCAAAGAUUCUGAAAUCCGUCCGCACUGAAAGCGCCAGCGUUCCAGAAACAAUAAGUCUAGCGGUGGGAGAGAUCGCAGCGAUCGCGGUUGACGCAUAUACCGGAAACGUGUACUGGACGGACGCGGCGUACGGUCACAUCAUGGUGGCGAGUGAGGACGGAGCGUUCCAACACAUGUUGCAUAGCGACCUCAACCGGCCAUGGGCGCUAGCUGUUCAUCCUAAAAGGAGAUACCGGAUGUUAUUUUGGAGCGAGCUUAAUAGCGCGGCUGUUUACAGAUCCUACCUGGACGGAUCUGAAAAGUCUGCUAUCUCAUCCCCGGGAUAUCACAUCCUGGGUAUUGCAGUAGACUACAAAUUCAAUGUAUUAUACCUUUGUGACAGUGUCCGUGUGUACACAAGCGAACUGGACGGUUCUAACUUCACAACAGUGUACGCCCGUCGUCCCCGGGCCUUUACUGGCAUAGCUUUAUUCCACGACUAUGUGGUGGUGACGGACUCCCACUUCCAGUCUGGUGGGGUGCACGUGUUUGACCGGGGACAGGACGGGCGUCAAUUCCAGUUCAUGGGCAGCAGGUAUUCGGGCUAUCGCUAUGGCUACUGGUAUGACGUCACAUAUCACCAUGUUAGUGCGCAGCCGAACAGAAGGAGUGUGUGCGAAAUGUCUAAGGACCGAUGUGACCAGUUGUGCCUAUCCGCCCCGGUAAAGCCCACAUGUGCCUGCAGCCUUGGAUAUGUUCGAGAUGGGACCCAUUGUAACAUUUCGCAGCCAUACGUUCCAUUUCUGAUGUUGGUAGACCAGCGUAACGGAGCGUUGUUCCAGAUCAACGCCGUUCAAAUGACGUACGUUCGCAUUCCUGUGCAGGGAGUGCAACAGCCGUUCGCCCUCACGUACGACCCUGUUGAACAGAUGGUUUACUGGUCAGACCUGGAAGGGUCAACCAUAUCACGGUCCCGGCUUGACGGGAGUCAACAAGAGAUCAUCGUCCAUGAUCCAGACACAUACGUUACUGAUUUGGAAUUAGAUCCGGGGUCACGUGGGCUAUAUUACGUUACACGUGCCCGCGACAACGUGCACCGGUUCACAAUCGGUGGGCUGCACGUGUACCACGUUGACACAGGUCGAGGACUGACUAUACUAGACAAGAGCCUACACGACCCGCGGGGAUUGGGGCUGGAUUCGGAAAACGGACACGUGUACUUCACAGAGCAAGGUGACAUCUGGCGGAUGGACAGUAAUGGAUCCGACCCUCGCUGCAUCGUCCGCGGAGUCACUUCACACGGCGUCACAAAAGCCGGGGAAUACGUUUAUUUCCUGAACCUAACGGAGGCUGAAUAUCCCUACAACGAAGCAGUCACGGAAGUGUUACAAAGUGACGUCGACGGGGAAAACGUCACAGUUCUGAUGACGUUGACGGGACUCGUAACAAGCUUUACCGUAGAUUCUCAUUUCAUUUACUGGACAAACAGCACGAAUCGAGGAAUUCAGAGGGCUCGGAUAUCUAGUCCAGGAACUAUCAUUGAUGUUGGCCCUGCGCGACAGUUAUUCCAGCCAGCUGACAUAUUUGCCAACAAUGUCGCCAGAAUGUACGACAAUCCAUGUUCGCGGCUGUCAUGUCAGGGGAUUUGUCUGCGGACGCCGUCGGGUCCGAUCUGUGAGGAACGCGUUACAAUGGACACCCUCGGACACGCCCUCGACACGGACGCUGGCCAUUGCAGAAUUCCUACGAUCGAGAAUGGUGACGUAGUUGGAAAUUCACAUGGUCACGUGGUUCCAAAUGGAUUCACAAGUCACGUGGAAUGCUACCCCGCGCAUCACAUGAUGACCAAUGACGUCAUCACAUGUCGUGACGGUGAAUGGUCACGAAUUCCAAAGUGUAUACUCGAUUACACCUUUUGCGGAACGAAGCAGACCGGGUACAAGGUAUACAGGGAUACGGGGACGUAUUUCGUCUACCCGGAAACAACAAAGGUGGAGGUGUUGUUAAUCGGUGGAGGCGGUGGCGGAUAUGACGUCACUAAUCAUCGCGUCAUGAACGUGACGGGAAAAGCGGGUGAUGGCGGAAACAGUAGUUUUGGCGGGUACCUGCACGCAUACGGUGGGAAAGGCGGAAGUGCAACUCACGGUGGUCGUGGCGGGUUUGGUCACGCUAAUGGUGGGGACGGUAGCGACUAUACGGGCAGCUGUGGGGUUGGUGGAACCGCAGGCCAGGCACAGCCGGGUCCACGUUCCAUCUCCCUGGAGCCGUUUACUGGGUCGGGCGCCUACUCGUACGAGUGCACUGCCAGUGACGUCACGAGGGAGAGACUGGCCGGCCCGGGAGGAGUAGAGAGCACCAUGUCCUUUGCCGGCAUGUUCGGAGGUGGUGCCGGCGGCCGUCAUGGUGGAAGUGGAGGCGGCGGCGGCUUCAGUAGGCUGAUGGUUCCGCUGGAGGAGAAACAACUGGUUCCGGUGGUGGUCGGCCAGGCGGGAUUCCCUUCAUACGGCGAGGCCGCUCCAGGUGUCGUCAUUGUCGCGUGGGGCAAUUUUCAAGUGGAGGAUUACGUCAAUGACGUCAUUAACUCGUGUUCACCAUUCAUCUAAAUGAGGCCUUCAACUUAUUCGGCUAAAUGUAAUAAUGACAUGUAAACCUUCAAUAUUGUUAAUGUUCUAGUUGAAUCAAGUGACGAUUGCAUGUUUUAAAAUACAUAAACAGUUUAUUAAU